AUGAGUGAGUUCUGGUUGUGUUUCAACUGCUGUAUUGCAGAACAGCCUCAGCCUAAAAGACGACGGCGAAUUGAUCGAAGCAUGAUUGGGGAGCCGACAAACUUUGUUCACACAGCUCAUGUAGGAUCAGGAGAUCUGUUCAGUGGAAUGAAUUCGAACCAGAUGCAGUCCAAGGGAGGCUAUGGAGGUGGCAUGUCUGCAAAUGUUCAGAUGCAGCUUGUAGAUACAAAGGCAGGAUAA